CGCUCCUCUAGCAGCCGCGCCUCUGUCCCGGAUCCUUUGCCGCAGCGUCAGCGCCGUCGCCUCCUCUUUUCCUUUUCCUCUUUCUCCUCCGCCCCCCUUGCUCCCCGGCUUCUCCGGUAGCGGCGCCCGGAGCCUGCACCGAGCCUGGGCCCGCGGGCUGCCAUGCUGCCCGGGCGGCGGAGCUGAAGGAUGGCGACGCCUGUCCCUCCGCCCGCCCCGCGGCACCUGCGGUUGUUGCGGCUGCUGCUCUCCGGCCUCGUCCUGGUCGCGGCCCUGAACGGUGCCGCCGCCGGCCGCCCGGAUGUGGCAUCCUGUCCCAGGAGCCUGGACUGUGCUCUGAAGAGGCGAGCAAAGUGCCCCCCAGGUGCCCAAGCCUGUGGGCCAUGCCUUUGGCCCUUCCAGGAGGACCAGCAAGGUCUCUGUGUGCCUAGGAUGCGCAGGCCUGUGGGAGAAAGCCAGCCCCAGCCCAGAUUGGAAGAUGAGAUCGACCUCCUGGCCCAGGAGCUAGCCCUGAAGGAGGCUGGACACUCUAAACUUGCUGUCCUGCCCCUGACUGAGGCCCGACAGCCGCUCCUGGAGCCGGCAGCUGCCCUGGGGUUCUCAGAGAGGGGUCAGGGACUAGAGCCGGGCCUCCCCUCCACUCCAGGAGCCCCUGCGCCCACACCCCACACCUCCUCUGGUUCCCCUGUGUCGUCUGGGCCGGUGCACAUGUCUCCCCUGGAGCCUCGGGGCGAUCGCAGCGAAGGCCUUGCCCUCGUGCUGAUGGUGGCUUUCUGUGUGGCCGGCGUGGCCGCCCUCGUCGCAGCAGCCCUCUGCUGGUGCAGCUCUGCCCCUCACAGGUUGCAGCGAGAGAUCCGCCUGGCCCAGAAGGCCGACUACGCUGCCGCCAAGGCCCCCGGCUCACCCGCGACGCCCCGGGUCUCGCCAGGGGACCAGAGGUUGGCGCACAGCGCUGAGAUGUAUCAUUACCAGCACCAGAGACAGCAGAUGCUGUGCUUGGAGCGGCACAAGGAGCCUCCUAAGGAGCUGGACUCAGCCUCCUCAGAUGAGGAGAAUGAAGACGGGGACUUCACAGUGUACGAGUGCCCUGGCCUGGCCCCGACAGGGGAGAUGGAGGUGCGCAACCCACUGUUCGACCACUCCUCGCUGCCUGCGCCCCCACCAGAAUCCCGCUCACCACCUGCACUGCAGUGACCUGGAGGCCAACGCCCAGCGCUUCGGCUUGCCUGCCUGAGGCCCCCGGGUUGGGAGGGGCAGGGCCAACGUUUCCUAUUAAAAAGGCACUGUUCUUACCCUCCUGCUUGUGUCAGGGGGAGGCACUGGCCUCCUGGAUCCCUGGCUGGGAGAUUCCCUGCCUUGUGCUUGGAGACCUUGAACCCCCUUGCACCUCCACUGUCCAGUCUGCACCCUGAAACUGGAGGGAGUGAGGAGAACCGUAGAACCCAGGCAUGGGUAGGGAGUCCUGGGGACAAAGCCAAUUAAAGUCUGUUC